AAACUUAAACAACAGGUACUCAGUAUUGUAGUUUUAACCGUACAUCAAUCUCCUCUCAUCCAUAUUCAUCCAACCUGGGGAUCUUUCGCGCAGAUACGUACGGUGUACAUCUAUGGACAACCGAUCAUUUCACUGUUUGUGGAGAACCAGGAGCGGCUCUGUCUGGCACAGAUUUCCAGCACGCUGCUGAAAGACUUCAGCUACAACGAGAUACACAACCGGCGCGUUGCGCUCGGCAUCACCUGCAUCCAGUGCACCCCGGUACAGCUGGAGAUCCUGCGGCGGGCCGGUGCAAUGCCCGCCUCGUCACGCCGCUGCGGUAUGAUCACACGUCGCGAAGCGGAACGUUUGUGCAAAUCGUUUUUCGGCGAAUGCUCCCAGCCGGCGCUACCGGAAGGCUUUGCGUUCAGCGUGUACCACGAGUGUGCCUGGGGCUGCACCGGUUCGUUCUCGCCCGCCCGCUACAACUCGUCCCGGGCCAAAUGCAUCAAGUGCGCGUACUGCAGUCUGUUCUUCUCGCCCAACAAGUUCAUCUUCCAUUCGCAUCGGCUCAGCCCGCACGAUAAGUACGUGCAGCCGGAUGCGGCCAACUUCAACUCAUGGCGCCGCCACCUGAAGCUGCAGGGCAGCCCGCCCGAGAAGAUCAUACACGCCUGGGAAGAUGUGAAGGCCAUGUUUAAUGGUGGUACGCGCAAGCGAUACAUCCUAUCGACGGCUCGCAAAUACAGCGGUGGAUCGGCGGCGCCAUCUUCAGCCGCACAAUCGGCCGCAGUUUCUAGCAGUGGUGGAACUGGAGGAUCCACAGUGCCCCCGACCACUCGCUCCUCUCCAUCAUCCUCGCUGGAGAAGCCAACGCCGCUGGUGGUAAUGCCGACGCCAACACACGCUGAACCUCGACAGUUACUGCCCGUACUGGGCGGUGGGAUUGUUGUGCCGAAAAAGGAGUACUCCGAUCUGCAGCCGAUCGAUGCGAGCUACAACAGUGACAGCUGCAGUAACAGCACAAGCCCAUUUGCUCACAUUCCCCAUCUGCUGUCGAGCAACAGUUCCAGUGUCGGUGGUUCGUCGGCAGCCAUUCGUGGCGGUGGCUUGCCAUCAACGACACCCGGCCCGACCGGCACACCGGGAAGCGUUGCGUCUCCAGUGGCAACUCCGGUCAUGGUCGUCCCGGCGGCUGUAUCAGCAUCGUCCGUUGGAAGUCCUUCGGCAGCGGUAGCGUCAACGGCGGCUGCAGCGGCUGCCGCUGCUGCAGCAGCAGCGGCCAUGGUUUCCAGUCAUGCAGCGGCCACCUCAACCGUGGUAACGAGCUCGGCAGCUGUAGCGGCCGCUAACUUCGGUUUCAAGCUGUCCUGUCUGCAACCGUUCGCAUUCAACGGCAUUGGCCACUUUCCGGCGAUGGUUCCGAGUACGGCUGGGUAUCUGGUGCCGUUGCUGCGUCCCACAAACCCGAAAAGCAUCUCGGCUGCCGCCAUGUCAGCGUUUAAGCCCGUAGUGAGAGCGCGGAAAAGGUAUGAAGUUAGCGUAUCGGUUAUCCGACGUCCGAUCACGAACUGGAUGGAAGUGUGUAAAGUGUUUGUACCGUGUCAUAAGGUGCCUUGUGUCGCGUACUACUGCACCACGAUUGUUGUCACCUGUCACACAUUGUCUGUCACGAACGUUAUACACCGCGGGUCAAAAGUCGCACCGCGAGGGAUAAACCUGCGGCUAAUACUCGUCAGUGGCAAGACGAAAGAAUUCCUCUUCAGUCAAACGGACUCGGCCGGCGACAUAGCACUCACAGUGUUUGAAAAUUGGCCCGAUGAUUGGGAAGCGGAAGCGGUAGCAAAGGCAGAAAUCUUAAGACUAAUCUACCAGGGACGCUUUCUACACUGCAACGUGACGUUAGGGGCGCUGGGGCUACCAUUAGGCAAAACGACCGUGAUGCACUUGGUACCGCGUGAUAAUUUACCCGAGCCAAACUCACAGGACCAGCGACAGAAGAGCAAAGGCGGUUCCAGUAGAUGUUGUUCCACGAGUUGUUGUAUACUGUAACCACCAUCACGGCGACGACAACGACGACGAAGGCGAGAGAGGCGUGACAUGCACGUGCUGCUCCAGCGACGGCCGUGACUACUGUGUGUACAAUAAUGGCUAAGAGUAACGCUUGCGGACGACGAGAUGGUGGUGGUUGGUGUUGCAGGACGAACGAUGAAUCAUCGGUAGUGGAGAUUGGUGGUGGAGGCUGGUCCUGAUGACGUCCGAUCGCUUGGACAACACAGUUCCAGGGGCGGGGACGCAUGUGUUGCAUCGAUGCAUCGAUAGACGCGGCGUACUACCAUUAGUGAAACAGGGAUCCUAACGUCACCGAAUGGGGUUGGUUGGGGGGUGGUUGUUUGAAUUUCUCGCGAGAAGGAUACGCGCGCGCGAGAUCACCGAGACGCGCACCGGCGUUACGGGACUGUGUUUAUGCAUGUGUUUUUCAUCUCCUAUGGAGUGUCCUGCGUGUGUUGUGUGCUGAUAGAGUAGUGUGGGGGUGCGUGCGUAGUUUGUUUUAGGCAUUGACACAAUUCUAGCAUGCACAGAUACAGAUAGUAGAAAAUAGGCCACCCCCAUCCCCCAGAUAGUUCCCAAAGUUCCCCAGCUGCGGGCUGCUCCAGCCAGCCGCGCUUUGGACACAGUUGCAAUAAUAUUCCUUCCCCCCCCGAAGAUUCAUCGACUAUUCCGGCAAGAGGUUAUCAUCGACCACCAAGGGUCUCUACCCUUAACAGAGAAAAAAACAAAGUUCACCACAGCCAUCGGUCACGGUUGCAGAGCACACGAGUGUGUUAACACGCUUUUGUAUUAUUAGGAAGCAGCGAAUUUCGGUAAAUGUUAUUAGUAGAAUGUAAUAGUGUGUACUAGCAAUCGAGAUAUAAUUAGUGUUAUGUUUUUCUUUUAUUAUUAUUAUUCUAAUUAAUAACGUAAUAAUUGCAAUCCACCAUCGAUUCGUUUGAUCCCCGCGCGCAUCGGAUUAUUUUACACCUGUUUACCCAAUGACUGCCUUAUUUGAGAUCGUGGUUUUCUCUUCCCGGAAACUACACUACCCGUUACAGAGGAGAUCACCGUCGCCGUAGUAGAGUACCCCGAGUGAUCAACGAAAUAUGCAACCGUUUUAAAGGAGACUAUUAAAUAGAGAAGGAAGAAAGGGGAAGGGGCAGGAGGAGUACACACACCUCCUCCUGCCAAGGACGUAGCAAAUCUCAUUUGACUGACCAAACUGACACGAGUCGAGCUCACGCGCGCAGCACAAUUUGCGAAUGAAUACGUUGGGUGCGUGACGAAAGUUCAUGAGUGAACUCCCGCAGACACUGGAAGGCACCGAGCAAUAGAUGGCGCUGUACGAAAAGGUGAUAUUUUGUAUUUCGCUCUCGUUGUAAAGCACACGGCGGAGGAGGAAGGAGUGGAGAACACACAGCUUAAGGAGGAGAUGAUGAGAUACGCGUACGUAGUCCAUUUAUUGCCGCGAUUUUACAGACAUACACACACACACAUAUCGUACUCCUGUUUUUGGUUUGUUUUCCCUCCAAAACGGAAGUUGGUUACUUUUUUUCUUCUCUGUGUCACCCUGAACCAGUUUAUUACGUUGUUUUUUUUGUAUGUCCAUCAUAUGUGUUCCGGUGUACUCUUGUUUGCUAGGAGGAAACGUAAUUUUCCUGUACUUUCCUUUCUUUCAUUUCCGCUCCAAGGCGAGAUUUAGUAGUUUUUUUUAAAUCUCCACCUGUAUAGAUUAUUACUGUUUGUUUCCGUGUUUUCUUUUUGUUUUGUUGUUUUAGUGGAAGGAAAAUGAAGCACACGUGAACAAGAUGGGAGAUAAAGAGCUGAGUGAGAAUAUAUUCGUUUGAAUUUUGUGUUUUUUGUUUUGAAAAUAUCGACAAGAAGAUACAAAGCAUGAUGUUUAUGAAGCGAGCAAAACGAAAAGGAAGCGAGCAAAAACUAGCGAAAAGCAAAAGCAAAAAUGGCAAAAAUUGUGGUUGUAGUUAUUAAAAGUAAACACAAAAGUAUAUAUAUAUAUACAUAUAGAUAUACAGAUAAAACUGGAAGAAGAAAAAAAACCUAUAGAUGGGUGGUAUAAAUAUUACCUUCACAAAAGAGCUACAAAAAAUACUAUUACCGGUGGGUCGCGGAUGGUGCAGGCAGAAAAGCAAGAAGAAACUGGAAGAGAAAAUUAGAGUAGAUAAAACAGAAAACAAAACCGAUGCGGCAGUAGAGGGUGUGUACCUACCGUGGGCCGCACUACGGAAAGAGAAUCAAAUGACUAACUUAGGCGAAAAGAAAUUAUUAUACUUUCCGUUUCUCUUGUGUUUAGGUUAGUUUAAGCAAAAUGUAUUUGAUAAUGAGCCCUUAACUGACGUGAUUGAAACACGAGAAAACUACCAGCGACUAGAGAGAGAGGAAGAGAGAGAGAGAGAGAGAGAGAGAGAGAGAGAGAGAAAUGUGCGUGUGUGUACUGUUACGAUAGUGUAAGGACGAGCGAACCGUGUGUAUGUAUGUGUGUUUCAGCAUGUUAGAUACUAGAGUUGGAGGGUACAAACAACAUGGAAGGAAACAUACAAUCUCUGUUGUACUAUUACCGCAAAUUUACCACUAAUCACCACGUAAAAAUCACAACAAAACUAAAACCAGUUUGAGCCUCCUGUUUCCACGCUCCGUACUAAACUUUUCGAACAACCGUCACCAUAAGUCAACCGUCAUCUUCAUGUUCGUUAUCAUAUGGCAAUAAGUCUUCAAGUCUAAUGCGGAUUGUGAAGCUAAGGCGCGAUAUGCCAGGGUUUCGAUCCGUAUAAUCGAAGCGGCACGGAUCACGCAGGAGAAUUGUGUUUCAGUUGGAUAGUGGCAUAUAGGUAAAGCCCGUUGCGGAACUUUACAAUCAUAUAAUGGAAUGUUGCUGCAUACUAUAUGGAACUUUUACCUGAUGAAAGUGAUCCUACCAAACCGAUUGUUUGGAUCGAAACUCUGGUUCUUCGCACCGAUAUCAAUCGAAACUCAUAGUCGACUUCACACUACAUCGCUGGACUUCUUGAUCGUGUGCGCCGUACAACAGCCACUACGGUAUCGAAUCUAGCGAAUGUAUACUUGUAAAAUCAAAAUCUCUCCAAGUGUUUAUUGUUUGUACGUUUGUAUUCUAUCUCUACUAAUCUCCUCUAUUACCAUCAUCUCAGCGAGGAGCAGACUUGUCAUAUGGCAUCAACCAUUUCUCAAUAUCUCCAUUGCCGUUGUCGUUCUCCGCGUGUACGUUUUCGGUUUGAACAUGCACUUCAAUUUCCGCGAAUAUCCGAUGCGUCCACCUUCUCCCAGUCCCCCCUCUAAAAAAGCGAGCAUAAAAAUGUGUAAAGUGUAUGAUUUUAUUGAUCAUCUCGUUUGCAGUAGUGAACAGUGAAAAGUAAACAAACAGAAACAAGGUGCAUAAGAAAACUAAUCCCCACACACACAGCCGUAAGGCCAGAAGAGAAGUGUAAGAAACGAAAAGAAAACAUAAAAGAAACGAAUCAAAAAUUAAAACAAAUAGGAAAACCAACCACUAUAAAUGUUAAACCGGCAAAUACAGACACACAUACAUCACGGACAAACUAUGCCGCGGACCCCGAGCUCCGACAUACACUUUGCUUAAAGGUUCGGAUUGGACAUUUUAACAUAUUAGAACGGGACAAACACAAACAAAAAACCGGGGGUUUUGAACAUACUAGUGUGUAAAUGCGGCAUAAGAGGGACGGAAAAACAACCCACAUGCCAACGAGAUGGAAGGGAAAGCAAACAUGUGCUACCGACGAUAAAGAAAAACAAACAGGAACAGCAUAGCAAGCAAAAAAACGAAAAAGAAAAAAGAUAAGAAACAAACAAAAAAAGCAGAAACAAUGAACGUGUAAUUUCCUGCGCGUAAAUAGAGGAGAAAAGAAAGUGAUAAGAGAAAAUGGGUAGCAAAAUGUAGUAGAACUCCGGAUAUGAAGAGCAGCCAGAGGAAAUCACACGGGGCGAAUAAGCGAACGGGACGGGAUGGAUGAUAGUGUGGUAAGGAAGUUGUGUACGUAAAGAAGAAAGUGAAGUAGAAGCAACAGCUACAUAUACGCACACAAAACAUAUGCGCGUAUGUAUGCUGUUGUAGUGGGGGGAAACUGUCGCGAAAAUGGAAAAAAGCAUAAUAAAAGCUGAAGAUGUAUUGUUAAUAUAA